GGAGUGUUCACCCGCAAGAUUCGCGCGUCAGAUCCAUUCAUACCUGAAUCCGCUCUACCUUCUCUUGUUGUUCGACCUCUCGCCACAACCUUUGGCCCUUCGGGCUUGUCCAGAUGGCGACUCCGACCGAGGUCAAACAUGUGCCCGCUCUCUUCAGCGCCAGACGGGUUAUUACAUUGCUGAGUUCCAUUGUCGUUGCGCUCAGCUCUGGCACGAACUAUAUCUUUUCCGCCUAUGCGCCGCAGCUAGGUGCUCGUCUCCACAUUUCGCAUACUCAGCUCAAUGUCGUUGGGCUUGCCGGAAACGCUGGUGUUUCUAUCUCCGGGCCUAUCUGGGGCCGUAUCGUAGACUUUAGAGGUGCCCAGAUCCCGCUCACUGGAGCCUUCGUUUUCUCCCUUGCCGGAUAUGCAGGGAUGAAACGUAUGUAUGAUGAGGGCACUGACUCUGGAACAUCUGUCUCUCCGGCACGCUUUCUCUUGUUAGUGAUAUGUAGCCUUCUGACUGGUUUGGGUGCCCACGCUGGCGUGACUGCGGCUGUCAACAUUACCGCCAAAAGCUUCCCAGAAUCUGCGCACGCCACAACCACUGGUUUAGUACUGUCUGGUUUUGGUCUCUCAGCAUUCUUCUUUUCGACUGUUGCGCAUAUUUUGUUCCCUGGAGAUACAUCGGCUUUCCUACUUCUUCUCUCCCUUGCCACCUCCAUACCCAUGCUCAUUGCAUUAUUCGUUAUGCGGCCCGUACCUCUUCCUCAGACCCAUGCGGGUCUGAAGGAUGAUAGAAAUGGAGAGUAUGAACUAAUAUCCACUACAGAAGUUGUACCAUUUAUUGCUGAUGCCAAUGUUGAUGCUGUGGGUGUGGCAGGAGACAGUCACGUGUCUCUCAUGGAUAUCCAGCCUGAGGAUGGAUUAUCCUCUGCUCUGGAGACGGACCGCAUCCACAGUCACUUAAGGCCAGAUAACUUACCAGACGUCCACGGGAAGUUGCUAUGGAAGACUCCAGACUUUUACCUCCUCUGCAUGAUCUUGUUGCUUUUGGGCGGAACAGGGGUUAUGUAUAUCAACAACGUGGGCUUAAUCUCCCUGGCCCUCUUCGCCAAGUCAAACCCGAACUAUGAAGAAGAGGAAGCGUCCAAACUGCAAGCGGCGCAAGUAUCGACGUUGAGCGUUGGCAACUUCGCUGGUCGAAUACUAAUCGGCCUCAUCUCAGACUUUGCACGCACUAAGUUUCAUCUCCCUCGUGUCUAUUCAUUGUGCAUUGUUUCCUCGCUUUUCAUCAUCUCCCAGGCAUUCGCAAUCGGAAUUUCGAGCGUUGGUACGCUGUGGAUGGCCACUGCCAUCCUGGGAUUUGCGUACGGAAGCCUCUUCGGAGGCCUUCCUGCAAUCGCAAUCGAUUGGUUUGGUCUAGCUCAUUUAUCUGAAAACUUGGGAUAUCUUUCUCUCGCGCCACUUGUCGGCGGGAAUGUCUUCUCAAUCAUAUUUGGUCGGAACCUCGAUGCGCAUACGCCACGCGAGAAUACGAACACGACCAUUGGUGCAACCCGUGCUAUGAGUACGGCUGACCGAGCAGUAUACCGGGACGUUUUGGCAGAGCGCCGGUGCUUUACCGGUCGGGAUUGUUAUGUCUCGAGCUUGAAGGUUACGCUCGUGGCCUGCAUGGUCGCGCUUGGUCUGAGUACGUUGGCUGCCAGGCGGGAUAAGUACCGGCAGAAGACGAGGAAAGGGUGAGCGGAUGAGUAUGGCAAGGGAUGUGACGAUCUAAUCGGGUGGACGGGUUUGGUUUACGUUUUAUUAGAGGGUUAAUACUUGCGUGGUCGGCAGUGUUACUUGUCGAGCCCGAAGGUCACACAUGGGCCGCCUUGUGGGAUUGGUCAGCACCGGUGUCACGAGGGCAGAGUAGAUUUGAGUGCGGUAGCGCUGUAUGUGCUCCUUGGAAGUUGGGACAUCCCUCCAACGGGUAAUUUGUUGGCUACAUGCGAUCACAGUCAUUCAUGUAAAUUGCCAUGAGCUUCUUAGGCACAUACUACGGAUCAACUACACUGCAUAUCAAAAGCGUUCAUUUGACCUAGCGCAGUACUAUUUCAAAUUCACC